CAACCCACAUUUUGGAAUGGAUUCCGAAACGUUUUUGAAAUUCGGGGAAGCAAUGUUGAAAUACAUAACAGAAUAUACUGACAACAUUCGGGAACGACGCGUCCUACCCACCGUAUCGCCCGGUUAUUUGCGUCCCCUCAUCCCCUCCAGCCCCCCAGAUGAGGGCGAACCUUGGCAAAAUAUUAUGGCGGACAUAGAACGCGUCAUCAUGCCGGGAGUGACGCACUGGAAUUCACCACAUUUUCAUGCCUACUACCCCACCGCGAAUUCGUACCCCGCCCUCGUUGCGGACAUGCUAUCCUCUGCGAUUGGAUGCGUCGGUUUCACGUGGAUUGCAAGCCCGUCCUGCACCGAGUUGGAAAUCGUUAUGAUGGACUGGCUAGGAAAAAUGGUGCACUUGCCGGAUAAAUUUUUAACCGUGGAGAGCCGUGGUGUUGGGGGCGGGAUGAUACAGGGUACGGCAAGUGAAGCUAAUCUACUCACGCUGCUCACCGCUCGGACAAGAAUGGUUAAAUAUUGUAAGAACAAUAGAAAACCGGGGUAUGAUGAAACCACGAUUUUAGGGCGGCUUGUCGCCUAUGCGUCGGACCAGGCGCACUCCUCCGUCGAAAGGGCGGGGCUGUUGGCAGGGGUAAAGAUGAACUUGAUCAAGACGGACGAUAUCCUCGAAAUGAGGGGGGACGCGUUGAAAUUUGCGAUAAGGCGGGAUAAGGCGAAGGGGUUGAUUCCAUUUUAUGUUGUCGCCACCUUGGGGUCAACAAACACUUGUGCGUUCGAUAAGUUAUCAGAAAUUGGGGAGGUUUGUGCAGAAGAAGGCGUCUGGCUCCAUGUCGACGCGGCUUAUGCAGGCUCAGCCUUUAUUUGUGAGGAGUUUCGCCACUUAAUGAACGGCGUGGAAUUUGCGGAUUCGUUUAAUUUCAAUCCGCAUAAAUGGCUCCUUGUCAAUUUUGAUUGUUCAGCUUUGUGGAUCGCAAAUUCGAAAGAGAUUGUAGAUUCGUUUAACGUGGACCCGCCCUGUUUGAGACAUGCAUCGAACGGUCUUAUACAAGAUUUUAGGCAUCGCGAAAUCCCGUUCGGAAGACGGUUUCGCUCCUUAAAGUUGUGGUUCGUGAUGAGAAUCUACGGUUUGAAAGGGUUACAAGAACAUAUCCGAGGACAGACGAAACUGGCACAUGAAUUUGAAAAACUUGUAGAAAAGGACGCUCGAUUUGAACUUGUUGCCCCAGUUGUGAUGGGGUUAGUCUGUUUCAGAAUGAAGGAUAAAACAAAUGAGGAAAACGGGAAGUUCUUGAAUGCAAUAAAUGGGCGUGGGAAAAUUCAUCUCGUGUCGUCUCACUUGCAUGGAAAGUACAUCAUUCGGUUUGCCGUAUGUUCGACGGCUACGGCAAGCAAGGAUGUGGCAUUUGCAUGGAAGGAAAUCGCAGACGUGGCUGAUCAGUUAGGUGUAUGAAAUAUACACAUGUACACAAUUAGUUUAUAGUUUAACGAAAAAUGCAUGUUUAAAUUUAACUUCAUUGCGUUUGUAUGCCAUAUAAACAAUUUGAUGAACAAAUA